ACCCCAUUCCUUUCGCGUCACACCCCUUCGCUGGCGUCUCGGCUGUCACCACACCAGGCUCGCACGCAAACAACCCCAAACCCCAAAACACAACGGAAAUUCUUAGUCUUUUAGCUGGAAGAAGAAGAAUAUUGUUUGCUCCAUCCCUAUUCCCUGCCCGUGUUGUUCGUCAUCUGGUUCCGCUCCGACCGAUUUGCUUUUGCCUAGAGCAAAACGCGGCGGCGGCGGCGGCGGCGGCGGACAGCAAGUUGUUCGUUUAUGUGUCCCCACGCAUCCCAGAAAAUCCCCCCUACCUGCCCCGACCACGUGUUUCUUUCCGUUGUCCGUCGUCCUAGCUUUGACUUGGUUUCCUUGUUCUCUUCUUGUUCAACUCCUGCCUUCCUGGGAGGAUUCUCUUGGGGUUUGAGCCGCCGGCGUCGAGUUCUCGCUUCGGAUCGGUGGUGCGGACCUAGGGGCUUUGUUGGGAGAAAGGCGGGGUUCCUGGUCUGAUUCUACCGCCUUGUGUUGUUCCACCGGAUUGGAGGAUUUGUCUCUGAGGAUUCGAGGCGGGCUUGCGGUGGUUUUUGAAAGGGGAGGCAGAUUGAUUUGCGUGAGAAGGAACGAAGGAAGAAUCGAAUUGAGAUGGGGAAGCCUUCGUUGAAGAAGAAGAGGGGCUCCUCCUCUGGCGGCGGCGGCGGCCAGGCCGGCGAGCACGGCGGCAAGCCGGCGGCGCUCGACCGGUCCGGCUCCAAGGUGCUCGACGGCGACGACACCAUCUUCACCGACAUGGCGCAGGAGCUCAAGGAGGAAGGCAACAAGCUCUUCCAGCGCCGGGACUACGAGCGCGCCCUCCUCAACUACGAGAAGGCCAUCAAGCUGCUCCCCCGGGCGCACCCGGACGUCGCCUACCUCCACAGCAACCUCGCCGCCUGCUACAUGCAGAUGAGCCCACCCGACCACUACCGCGCCAUCAACGAGUGCAACGUCGCCCUCGAGGCCUCGCCCAAGUACAGCAAGGCGCUGCUCAAGCGGGCGCGCUGCUUCGAGGCGCUCGGCAGGCUCGACCUCGCCGCCCGUGACGUCAACAAGGUGCUCGCCACCGAGCCCAACAACCUCACCGCCCUCGACUUGGCCGACCGGGUCAGGAAGACCAUGGAGGAGAAGGGGAUUGUAUUGGAUGACAAGGCCGUCAUGCCCACGCCGGAGGAGGUGGUUGCUGCUGCGCCCAAACAGAAGCCGCGCAAGAAGAAGGGUCGAAAGGCCGCUGCCGCCGCUGCGGCUGCGGCUGUGGAGGAGGAAGGGGAGGAGAAGGCAGGGGAACCUGUUAAGGAGGUCGAGGAUCCGCCGAGGCAGGUGAAACUUGUGUUUGGUGAGGACAUUAGGUGGGCUCAGGUGCCGGCGAGCUGCAGCAUGGCGCAGCUGCGCGAUGCUGUCCGCAGCAAAUUCCCUGGCCUGAAGGCCGUUCUUGUCAAGUACAAGGACAAGGAGGGUGACCUUGUCACAAUCACUAAUCAGGAUGAGCUCAAAUGGGCCGAGGAGUUGGCUGAACCAGGGAGCUCACUUCGGCUGUACGUCACGGAGGCCAACCCGGAGCAUGAACCAUACCUUGAGGAUGCUAACAGUGGAUCAUUGGAGAGAAAUAUGAACAAUACUUCAGACAAUGGAAGUAUCAGAAGCAACAGGCAGGAUGAGGAAAGGAGCACAGUGACUUGUAUUGAUGACUGGAUUGUGCAAUUUGCUCGCAUUUUCAAGAACCACGUCGGGGUCAGCUCUGAUGAGUAUCUGGACCUCCAUGAGGUCAGUAUGAAGCUGUAUACAGAGGCCAUUGAAGACACGAUUACUACUGACGAAGCACAGGAGGUGUUUCAACUUGCUGAGGGAAACUUUCAAGAGAUGGCAGCGCUUGCAUUUUUCCAGUGGGGUAAUGUUCAUAUGUCCCGGGCCAGGAAAAGGCUGCUUUUACCAGAAGACUCUCCAAAGGAAUUGGUGCUUGAGCAAGUCAAGCAAGCGUAUGAAUGGGCAAAGGAAGAGUACGGUAAGGCUGGGAGGACAUAUGAAGAAGCUGUAAGGGCCAAGCCAGACUUUUUUGAAGGUUUUCUUGCUCUUGCACACCAACAGUUUGAGCAAGCAAAGCUGUCAUGGUAUUACGCAAUCGGUAGUAAUGCUGAUCUGGACACAUGGCCUUCGUCUGAAGUCUUGGAGCUCUUCAAUAAAGCUGAGGAUAACAUGGAGAAGGGUACAGAAAUGUGGGAAGAAAUGGAAGAACAGCGCCUGAAGAAUCGAUCCAAACCUAACCAAGAAAAUGCUGUGCUAGAGAAGAUGGGCAUGGAGGAGUAUAUCAAAGAUGUAUCCACUGAUGAAGCGGCUGAACGGGCUUCCAAUAUGAGGUCUCAGAUAAACAUUCUGUGGGGUAUGCUACUUUAUGAGCGUUCAGUUGUGGAGUUUAAAUUAGGACUUCCAAUGUGGGAGGAUUGUCUGAUGGCAGCUAUUGAAAAAUUUAAACUUGGAGGAGCUUCAGCUACAAACAUUGCUGUGUUGGUGAAAAACCACUGUGCAAAUGAAAGCGCCCAAGAUGGUUUGGGCUUCAACAUUGAUGAAAUUGUGCAAGCCUGGAAUGAAAUGUAUGACAUUAAAAGGUGGCUGCGUGGUGUUCCAUCCUUCCGUCUUGAGCCAUUAUUUAGGCGGAGAGUUCCGCAACUGCAUGCUGCACUGGAGCAUAUAUAGUAUGCAUGAAGUUGCUCUGCUAAAUAUUAAAUUCCAGGGCAUUUUUAUCGGCAUCAGUUUUCUCUCUUAGGUCAGUGCGUGGGAUACAACACAUGGAUUUGUCCGGUUGCGUUUUUAUACAUCAAACUCAGAGUCUGCUUCCUGGUUGCGAAGCUAUUCAUUGCAGUGGGCUGGAGCUCCUCGGGGAUCUGCAUAUGUUAAUUCUUGUUUUUUGGCUGUAUUGUUCGUCAUGCACAGGAAGCUGUGACUUGUUACAGGAUUAAAGCUGCAUUUGUCUGUGAGCUAGUAAUCCACUAUUGAAGGAUGGAUUGGUGACAUCCUCGAUUUGUUUUGCACUUUCUCGGUACUCUGUCUAGUCUACAUGCCUGUUUUGUAAACUCAAUUGGGCUUGUAUUUGUGAUUACAACAUUUAGAUUUUGUUGACAGAAAGAAAGAAAAUUGUCUUAAGUUUCGUGUCGUAGAGGCCAAAGAUCAAGCUUUCCUCGAGUUCA